CGGUGCGUUCUGCUGGUCCGGAGUAGAGGAAAUGGCGGAGGCUGUGGUGCUGGUGUGGGUUCGUGGCCCCGGCUUCGGGUGCAGGACGGUGCAGUGUCGUUCGACUCAGUGCUCCGUGCAGGAUUUCAUCCACCGACUCUGCCAAGAUCGGGAUGUUCCAGUGGAAUACUUCUAUGUAAAAUGCAACGGGACACUGGUAAAUGCCCGCGACACAGUGCAGCAUGGAGCUGUGUACAGUCUGGAACCCAGACUGUGUGGAGGAAAAGGAGGUUUUGGAUCCAUGCUUCGAGCACUUGGGGCUCAGAUUGAGAAGACCACCAAUCGGGAAGCUUGCCGGGACCUCAGUGGGAGGAGGUUACGAGAUGUGAACCAUGAAAAAGCGAUGGCGGAAUGGGUGAAACAGCAGGCCGAGCGGGAGGCUGAGAAGGAGCAGAAGCGCCUGGGACGACUGCAGCGGAAGCUCGCCGAGCCCAAGCACUGCUUCACCAGCCCCGACUACCAGCAGCAGUGCCAUGAGAUGGCCGAGCGGCUGGAGGACUCGGUGCUCAAAGGUAUGCAGGCUGCUUCGAGCAAGUUGGUGUCAGCAGAAAUCGGCGAGAAUCGGAAACGGUUUAACCAGUCAAAGGCAGAGCGAGGAGCCAGUGCAAAGAAAAGGAAAUGCUUUUGGUCGGGCUUGGAGGGACUAGUGGCCGCAGAGGGGUCCAGCUCCGGGAGCUCUGAUGAUGACAGUGAAGAAGAACCUAGUACCUCUACAGUGGGUGCCUGCGCUCCAAAAGAUAGCAGUGAUGUUGAGAUGGCAGAUGCAUUUCCCAGUGGUUCUCAGGGGGCAAGAGUGUUGAGUACAGACUUUGCAUCCCCAGAGAAACCACAGAUCGUGGGGCCUGACUCUGGGCAGAUUGCCUCAGGAGACUUGCGUGUUGAGCUGGGAGAGGCUCCUGUCCAGGUGCACGUGGAAAGGGAAAUGGCUGCUGAAACCCAGGAGUCCCUGGAAAGAAAGGAGACAGAGACUCAGGAGCCCACAGAAGGGCAGAUGGCUAGGGCUGGCUCAGACACAGAGACAAAAGAAACGACUGAAGGGAUCAGAGCUGUCACAGGAACACCUGGAGAAGAUCAAGAAAAUGUUGCCGCUGCCAACCUGGAAGAAAGCCAGUUGGCAAACAAGGUUCUUGGCCCAGAAACCCUGGAUUUGUUGGCGUUCAGCUCUGCGGCAGAACUGGAGUCGCUGGGGUUGGAGAAGCUCAAGAGUGAGCUGAUGGCCCUGGGCCUGAAGUGCGGGGGCACGCUGCAGGAGCGAGCCUCCAGGCUCUUCGCUGUCAGAGGCCUGGCCCGGGAGCACAUUGACCCGGCUCUGUUUGCCAAGCCUGUGAAAGCAAAGAAGAAAUGAGCCUGCUCAGAGCUGCUUUCCUGUUUCUUUGUGGUUACCCUGCCCAUUGUGGACUCUCCGCCAAUAUUCCUACUGAUAUUAAAAAUUUUCUAAUAAUCCAAUUCUUACUUCCCUUUUCAUAAUGUGUUUAUACAAUUAACGUGUGAAACCCUCUGGCCCUGAAGUUUUCUUCAUGAGAGUUGUUUUGUUUUUAUAAUAAUAAAUUAAUGUUGAGCUAUUCAGA